GCCUCUCUGUAGCUCUCAAGCCCUCGCCAGUACCUUCUUCUUCACCACCUUGUCCUCCCUCCGCGCGGCCGGCUGCGAUCCGGCUGGCUGGGUGGGCAGAAGGGGAGCGUCCUGAGCUUUGCUCCUCGGUGGCUGUUAGUGGCGGCCGCUCUGAUACCUCCCAGAUGGUUCGUAGGGCCGAGCCCCCCGACGGGGGCUGGGGAUGGAUGGUGGUGCUCUCGGCGUUCUUCCAGUCCGCGCUAGUGUUCGGGGUGCUCCGCUGCUUCAGCAUCUUCUUCGUGGAGUUUGUGGCGGCGUUUGACGAGCAGGCAGCGCGCGUGUCCUGGAUUGCUUCCAUAGGAAUCGCGGUGCAGCAGUUUGGAAGCCCAGUGGGCAGUGCCCUGAGCACGAGGUUCGGACCAAGGCCCGUGGUGAUGGCUGGGGGCAUCUUGGCAGCUCUAGGAAUGCUGCUCGCAUCCUUUGCUACCUCCUUGACCCACCUGUACCUGAGUAUUGGGCUGCUCUCAGGCUCUGGGUGGGCCUUGACCUUCACUCCAACACUGGCCUGUCUGUCUCGUUAUUUCUCCCGCCUGCGAUCCCUGGCCAUGGGACUGGCACUGACUGGCGUGGGCCUCUCCUCCUUUGCCUUUGCCCCACUCUUCCAAUGGCUGCUCAGCCACUAUGCCUGGCGGGGCACCCUACUGCUGGUGUCUGCCCUCUCCCUCCACCUGGUGGCCUGUGGUGCUCUCCUCCGCCCACUCUCCCUGACUGAGGACCCUGCCAUGGGUGGUCCUGGGGCCCAACUUGCCUCCCUCCUCCAUCAUGGCCCCUUCCUCCGUUACACUGUUGCCCUCACCCUGAUCAACACUGGCUACUUCAUUCCCUAUGUGCACCUGGUGGCCCAUCUCCAGGACCUUAAUUGGGAUCCACUACCUGCUGCCUUCCUACUCUCGGUGAUUGCUAUUUCUGACCUUGUGGGGCGUGUGGCUUCUGGGUGGCUAGGGGAUGCAGUCCCAGGGCCUAUGGCACGACUCCUGGUGCUCUGGACCACCCUGACUGGGGUGUCAUUGGCCCUGUUCCCCGUGGCUCAGGCUCCCGCAGCCCUGGUGGCUCUGGCCGUGGCCUAUGGCUUUACAUCAGGGGCCCUGACCCCAUUGGCCUUCUCCAUGCUGCCUGAACUGGUGGGGACUGGAAGGAUAUACUGUGGCUUGGGACUGGUGCAGAUGGUAGAAAGCAUCGGGGGACUUCUGGGGUCUCCUCUGUCAGGCUACCUCCGGGAUGUGACAGGCAACUACACAGCUUCUUUUGUGGUGGCUGGGACCUUCCUUCUGGCGGGAAGUGGAGUUCUCAUCACUCUACCCCACUUCUUCUGUUUCUCAGCUCCUACCUCCAAGCCACAGGACCUUGUCACAGAGGCACUGGAUACCAAAGUCCCUGUGCCCAAGGAAGGGCUGGGGUAGGACUGAACUCCAGAAGGGAGCUGGCUGACAGACUAUGAAAGUCAGUUUGGCAGCUCCAGGUCUUUUCCUCCUGCCCCAUGUUGGUGCCCACAGAACCACAGUGCCUUAAGCAUCUUGAUCUAUUUUCCACCACAGCAGGCCCAGGGCUCCUGUGAUGUGUGUGCCAACCCUUUGUAUUUUGUUGAGGACUCCUAUCUCUUCUUUGCUUCUACAACCUUUUCUGCAGGAUCCAAGAGUUCAGCCUGCUGUGCUGAGCUGUGAAUCAACUGUGAAAAUCAAAGGCCAAGCGACUUAUUAUGUUUUACAAGUGAUCUCUAGUGUUGCCUACUAAGUUUCUUCUCUGAAGACAGAUGUUUAGGAAAGAGGGAUGCCCCUUCUGAAUAAGGAAACUGGAUAAUAAUCAGAAUCUCAGAAAGAACUGGAUUCCAUAUGCUUGGGUUGGUUGAACGGGGUCAAUGCUGGGGGGUGGAGGAGAGGUGUCCAGGAGCCCUGGUGACUCAGCAUUUUAACCCUGGACUCUGCCUCUAUGAACUACAGUUCCUCCCACUUGCCCACUGACUUCCUUCUUUCCCACUAUCCCCUGUGACUUAGAAAAGAAAUUAAGAGAAUGGGGGACACGGUGUGGUGAUGUAGUUUGGUAGGGAGAGCUAAAGAUGAGAGAGCCUAAGUCUGGGUCUGGGAUUCUUGUAUUUACCCCCAGACUAGUAGGAGACUGAGAUACAGGGACAAGUUUUGAGUAAAGGAAAUGAGGAUGGGGUAGAUCGCACCCAUG